AUGGUGUUUUACAAAAUCGUGUUAUCCAGGUCAACCAUUGGGAUGCCUGCUAAGACACGGGCUGUGGUGAAAAGUUUGGGUCUAGGCAAACGAGGAUCGGUUGUGUAUCAUUCUGUUUCUCCUACUGUUGCAGGUGCCAUUGCCAAAGUAAAGGAGUUGGUAAAUGUGGAGGUAACAGAUAAAGCUUUAAGCAAGGAAGAACAGCGGCAACUGAGGACGUCGAAUCCAGGGUACACUGUUGAAAAAAGGUUGUGA